AUGUUUCUUGAGGAAUUCGAGCAUAUUGAAUUUGUAAUUAGCAGUUAUUCUCAAAGAGGCCUACAUGCUCUUACUUUUAAAACUAAUACAGGAAGAGCAAUAGCCUGUGAAGGUUCUGCAGGAAAGGGCAGCCAUCAGAGAGAGCUUAAUCUGAGAGAACACAAUAAGGCAAUAAUUGGAUUUAGAGGGCUGUACUCAACGCACAUGCUAGACUUCUACAUCUACAUUAGUUUGAGAUUGGACAUUAUCAGCGAGUAAAAUAACAGUGAUGGAUCUCCAUAGAGAAGGUCAUCCAGGAGGAGAUCAAUCCCUUCAAGGGAAGAAGAGUCCAUAGAUGAGUGA